AUGGAGGCUGCAGGCGUUGCUCUAGCAAUUCUCCCACUUGUCAUCAAUCAGCUCGAUAAUUAUGUCCAGGGUCUUGAGGCUAUCAAGAGCUUCGGAGCUAAGCGUUAUCGCAGGGAACUCGAAAGCUAUUCUUCAAGCCUUGGAACACAACAAGCCAUCUUCGUCAAUACCCUGGAGCGGGCCCUCGAUGGAGUGGUCGAAUACGAAGAUGGGCUAGACGAACUGAGGAACAACCCCUUGGGGAUUUGUGGAAAAGGAAGAAUCUGCAAGCGAGUCUUCAUGAAAAGCUAG